CUGUCUGCGGUUCUCCUCCGGUACUUGCUGUUAUAUUAGUGACGCUAACGGCCGGUUUCAGCAGGUUUCUAGCCGGUAUGGUGCCGUGUUUCCUGGCUAACCCGGUGUGGAGCUCCGCCUCCGCCUCACCGUGGCUCGGGUUAUGGCCUCACCAGGUGUCCGUUCCCGGCCUUCCUAACUCGUACAGAGAGUAUCCCGGAGCCGCGCUAACGCUGCCGGUGGUUCCGUAUUUCUACAAUCCGGCGACAGAGCUUCAAAAUCAGCAGGAGAGCAGGAGGUUCAUCCUGCACAGGUCAGUGUUUGACCUGGUGGAAGCCCACGUGUACCUGUCCCUGACUGACUCCAGGCUGCUCAAUUGGUACCUGAGUUUAUCUCCAGAGGACAGACGGAUCGUCCAGGCUGAAGGAGGUUUUCGUCAGUUCCUGCAAAGACAUCCAGCCUUAGAGCUGACCAGGCGUCAUGUCUAUGUGAAAUACAGCACUGGAGGCAUCAGACCCGUCCAGCCGACUGUGACAUCCGAACGAUCGGUAAAGUCGGGAGCAACGACGACCAGAUGUGAACCACCUCACACACAUCUGGAGCUGGAGAUGUUUCCCAGGGAUUUAACUCUGCUGGGCUGCAGAAACACCACCGGAGAACAUCUCUGUGAUGAGUUCUGCAACAGCAAACAGUCUCUCCACCUUCAGGAGAGCUUCCAUCGGACCUCCAGCAGCCCCAUCACAGAGAGAGCCAGCCUUCAGAAAGACCUGAGCAGCAGUGCAGCGGUGUGCAGCGAUCCAUCGGUCCUGGCUGGAUUAACUCUGGACCUGGAGCUGGACAGAUGCAGCCAGAGACCAGAGACCAGGACCCACAUUUCAGCUGAUGGAGACCAGAAUGUUACAUGUUCUGAAGCCAGACCAUCACACUCCAACUGGCCAACGGUGAAUAAAGAACCUUCUGACUUCAGCAGUGACAGGAUCAGACUGGAUGGUUCAGAAUACAAUGACGUGAACAUCGUCCAGACCAACAGUUCUGCUGUGGGCUCAGAGAGCAACACCACAGAGGACAGGUGUCAGGAUGACCUGCUGCAGAGGGAUCAGUUCACUGAUGAAGAUCAGACUGAGAACAUCCAGAGCAUCAUGGAGGACGAUCGGAGCAUCCUCGUCUGUUGUCCUUCAUGUCUGAAGUCUGAUCAUCCUCAGACGACCUUGAACCCCUCAGAGUUUACCUGCCGUCCCACCUGGGAUGUUAACGUUGGGACUGAGCUGCUGCUGAGGACUUCAACCUUCACCCAAACUGAAGACCCAGAAACAGUCGACAAACACGUCAUCACUGAAGUCCACAUGUCAGACCUGGACUAUCUGGCUGAGGAAUUCACCAAACUGAAGACAACUCAAGGGCAGAAGGAGAAGAUAAAAAGAGAGGAGUGUGACUGUACAGAGUGCGCUCAGAAGGCAGAGCUGAACCUGCUGACGCUGCAGUACAACAUCUGCAGACAUCACAUCUGGAAAAUCUACUGGGAGGGAAAGCAGCUCAGCUCAGUGAACAAAGAUCCUCCUGAAAACAUAACAGAGGUUCUGGACAAACUGGACUCUGACUACCAGGAGAUGAAGCGCGAGAUCCUGGCUGGAGUUCCUCUGGAGCAGCUGAAGCCUCUUUCUGUGGACUCUGGGAUGAUAAUCUCAGGAGGUUACACACCUGCACAGAUGGUUGCUGAUGAGCUGGGAAACGUUUCCUUUCGGACGUCUGAAGAACCUCAGCAGCUUUAUCCAGCAGCAGAACGCAGCAGGAGACCUGAUGAUGGAAGCACAAACAUCAGCCAGAUUAAGAAGAAAAUGAUUAAAACUAGAAGAGUUGCUAGCGUGAUCCUGAAGGACGGACGUUUUCUACAGACCAAGCAGGAAGGAAAUCAGACGGGUGAGAAAAUCUGUUCUUUCAUCUGGCGAGCGGAGUGGAUGUGGAAUGUCACCUCACUGGCGGGGAGGGAACCUGAGCUGGUGGAGGUGGAGCGAUACCGGCUAGAUGUAGUUGGGCUCACCUCCACGCGCAGCAAGGGUUCAAGAACCAGAAUCCUCUAG